GUCUUGAAAUUUUGUUUUGAAUCUGUUUGCAAUGGUUUAAUCAUUAAUGUUGCAUUUUACUUUAUUUAUGAAUCAUGUCAGCCAUUUCAUCCCGACAUAAAGAUAAGUUAGGAGAAGCAGUAAACUUUUUUAGUAAAUUCAUUAAUUGCAAGCCUAAGCUGUCUAAUACGGUUGAGGUACAAUUACAUCUAGCGACUAUAGAAGAAAAAUCCGUUAGCUGUGGACUUGAGGCUGAUUACCUGCCAACGUUGGUUGAUGUGGCAGCCUGUGGACAUCUUGCUCAAAAAUGGAGUCUCCGCUUGGUGAAGGCCUUGAUUCCCAAGACCACGGUUCCUGAGAGUGCCGUAAUGAAGGCCGUUUCAUGGAUGUGUACAAACAAACCUCCAAUUGCUGUACAGGUUGGUUUCAUUUUGUUAAUGUUCCUCAAUCAUUUACAAACCAUAUAUCACCUGUUUACUAGCCGACUCUGUGGAUAAGCCGACCACUUAGAUUUCCCCAGAAUAUCUGAUACAAAAUCAUAAUGGUUGGCAUGAUGUAUAAGCUGACUCAACUUUUAUGCAGUUAAAACAGGCAAAAAUAUAGAUAUAUCCGAUUGAGAUAUUGUCGAUCUCGGACAACAGUGAAUCGCAGGAAUUUGUUUUGGUGAACCGAUCAAAGUACAAUGUACAAAAACUAU